AUGGUGAUGAUUAAACUUCAGCGAAUCGUUGGUCGAGAAUCUCAACAAGUGCAGAAGACCUUCCAUAACAAAAUUGACAUAGGUAUUAUUUCCCAAAUAAUCGGGAAAAAAUCGAAGUUACUCGCCAUUGAUCGUUUCACUGUUCGUAUCAGAAUCUUAUUGAUUGUUUCAAUACUCACCAUGUUUCUGGUCAAGUCUAAUCAAAGACAAAGACAUGUUCAUGACGGAGGUGUCCAACAAGAUCUCGGUUUCACAGCUCCUCAAAGCGAGCUCACUCCGAAUUCCGAAACGAAUAUGGCUGCUCUGUCACACGUUGCCAUAUCGGCCUCGCAGCCCCAGGUUGGGGUCCCCUACACUCAGCCUGCGGCUGCCCCCAUAAUUUCCAUCAAAAAGAGCCCGAUGGCGAGCAUCCCGGCCGCCACCCCCAGUGCUCAUGUGCCAACAACAGCGAUAGCAGCCACCGCCAGAACCUGUCCUCUGUCCUCUGAGCAGUCGAACCUCCGGCACCACUUCGCCGCUCCACUUUACUUUUAUUGCUCGAAUAAUGUUAAUGACUUCGUUGUUGCAAUAGUAGAUGUUGUGAAGAAAGAAGGCCACCAAGCUGACAGCGUUUCUCUCGAGGUCUCGGUGCUGUCAGCUGAUUUCUUGAAACUGUCAGUGGCAAGCCCUUUAGAGAAGUUAUUAAUACUUAGAUUAUUGCAGGAUGUGAAGUCUAAUGAAAGUUCUUUUAGAGUUUGUUUGAUACACACACUUUCUAAUGCAUCAGCAGAAGGACAGAGGUCUCAUGAGACCAAUGGAUGCUAUAAGAAGAUAAAAUCCCAGAACGAUUCCGUCUAA